AUGUCCACUCAGCCUCUAUCUCCCCAGUCUCUGGACGAACUCGUCCAGCUCUCCAGAGACCUGCAGAAUGCCGUCGAGGAGAUCGUCCUCCAUCCAGAGCAGGCCCACACUAAUGGGGUCGCUGACGUGCUGUCCGCACAGCAACGCAUCGCCGAAUCGGCCAGCAAGAUCCAACGUCUGACCACCUCCCCUGGAGAGUUUAUCAAUCGACAAGCUAUCCAGAGUCAACAUCUGGCCUGUCUGCGAUGGCUCUGUCAUUUCAAGGUCGUCUCCCAUGUGCCUCUCGACCACUCAGUUUCCUACGAGCAUGUCGCUGCCGCUGCUCAGGUGCCCGUAGCCCAACUGCGCAGUAUCGCGCGCAUGGCCAUGACGGCUGGAUUUCUUGCAGAAACACAGGCAGGCCAGCUUUCGCACAACAGCCUGUCUGCAGCAUUCGUUCAGAACCCCUCACUCGUAGAAUGGGCACUUUUCGUCGCCGAAGGCACCGCCUCGACGGCAUCGAAGCUCGUCGAGGCGACGGAAAAAUUCGGCAUCACCAAGGAGAAGACCCAGACGGCGUACAAUCUGGCCAAAUCCACUGACCUGCCGUUCUUCGAUUAUCUCAAUUCUGACGCACGGCUUGCCGGUCAGUUUGCCGCGUAUAUGAAGAACAUCACCAACACCGAGGCCACCAGCAUCAAACACGUCCUGUCGGCUUUUGACUGGCAGGGGUUGGGCAAAGCCACUGUCGUCGAUAUUGGCGGUUCCAGCGGCCACGUCUCGCUGGCUCUGGCAGAGGCAUUCCCUUCGCUGUCCUUAACGGUGCAGGAUCUGCCCGCUGCCAUUGAAUCGGCGCCCGUGAAUUCCCCUGUCUCCUUCCAGCAGCAUGACUUCUUCAAGCCGCAGCCCAUUCGCGAAGCGGAUGUCUACUUCCUGCGCACCAUCAUCCAUGACUGGCCUUUGGCUGAGGCCACUCAGAUUCUUGGCCAUAUUGCCGCCGCUAUGGGACCGAAGAGCAAACUGCUUAUUAUGGAUAUCGUGCUGCCCCCGCCGGGCAGUGCGUCGAUUUCUGAUGAAUCUCUGGCGCGUUUACGUGACGUAACCAUGUUGGGGACGUUCAACGCGUGCGAGAGGGAGCAAAGUGAUUGGGAGGCGUUGAUCAAUGCCAUUGGGGGGUUGAGGAUUGUGGAUGUCAGGAAACCUGCGAGGAGCUCGUUGUCGAUGAUUGAGGUGGUCAAGUCUGUGGAUUAG